AUGCUCAACCACCUGUUUUACCUGUCUUAUGUCCAGGAGCCCUUUAUUAUUGACUGGCAACAGCUGAUCGUAAGUCAGAAUCACCAGGAUGUGGAUUGUGGCCAGGCUCAUCUCCCAGCAGAGAAGCUCUAUUACCUGGAGGAUCAAAAGGUGAGCCUUCACAGAGUUUCGUGGGGCCAGUGUAUUGUGGGAUCCAAGACUUUUAGCUUCCCUUACUGUCAAGGGAUCUGCCUGGCCCUGAGUGAGCCGCUUCACUCCAAUUUUGAAUGCUCUAAUCCUAUCAAGGUCCGUCUUGCUUCCAGGAUGGUCCAGGAAGAUGAACACAAGAUGAGUGUGCACUGCGUGAAUGCUUCCCUCAUAGAGAGGUGUGGCUGCUCCUGA